UAUUGACUUGGACACCAAUCAGAAAUACGAUCAGAAUCAGAAGUAUUCUUAAAUUGAGCAGUAUUUUGAUCUUUAAUGAAACAAUAUGUUUGCCCAAAGCAGAUGGAACUUUGUUAUUCUUUCUUGUUAUUUUGGAGUUAUUGAGCAGCAUGUACUAGUUAAUCUCGCACUUAACAAGACUGCUCGUCAGAGCGAUGUACAGGGUGGCCGCUUUGCUGCUUUAGCUGUCGAUGGUGGCUUAUCCCAACACAUGAUGGCCGGCUCUUGUACACAUACAUCAGCUCGUGCUGAUGCAUUCUGGGAAGUGGAUUUAGGCAAAGCGUAUUUUAUCAACCACGUGAUUAUAUAUAAUCGGGGAGACUGUUGCAGCAACCGGUUAAGAGAGGUGGAGUUAUAUAUCGGUUUGAAGACAGAGACGUACAAGAUUUAUGGUUUCCAUGAGGGAGUAGUUGGACCCACGUAUACUUUUCAACUAGAAAAUACAGUGCUUGGACGCUGGGUCCGCAUAACUAGAAUUCCAUCUGUAAUAGACUAUUUGUCGUUAUGCGAAGUUCAGGUCUUUGGAUAUGACAAUUUUCAAUAUUUUGACAUCAAGUCGAACUGGUUGAGUAUUGAAAACAAAACAACAGUACAGACUUCGACAGCGAUACAGUGUGGUUAUAUUUGUUAUAAAACAAAAGAAUGCGAGACAGCUAAUUUCGAAAACGAUAAACAUUUGUGCGUCAUGUAAACAUAUAACAUCAAAUUCUGAUAUUGGAAGUGGGUCGAUGUUCAUACAUACAUUUACUUAGUGAGCAUCUGGAACAAAACCGUUUUUUUUUUAAUUUAAAUUUUUCUCUGCUUCACUUAAGAAACCAAACAUUCAAUUAUUAUAUCAUUCAAACAAUGAGAAACAAAUGUAUAUUCGAACAACUAUGUAACCAUCUAACAUCAAAUCCAGAUAUUGGAAAUUGGUCGAUGUUGAUAUUUACGUAGUCAGCAUCUACAACAAAAGCUUAACGUUUGGUUUAAAUGGUACUUUACCUCAUAAUAAAAUGUUUGAUCUGCAUUGAAAGAUUGAGAAAACAAUAAUUGACACGUGUGAAACACGUUAUCAAAUAUUGUGUGCGCGAUUCUAAAAUAUACGUACAGUAGUAGUUUAUAUUUUAAAAACAUUUCAUCGUUCACAAUAAUUAGAUACCCGGCAAAUUAAUAUCAUUCGAUUCCAGGCCAAUUCAAGGUGUUUUUCGUAAACAUAAACAUUUAAGAAGCGAAACAUUCUACCAGAAUAUCAUGAAAUAUUUUUAACAACGAGAAGACAGACGUUGAUAUCAAAACAAAAAGAAAGAAUGAAUUAAAAAAAACAUUUUAAAAGCAUUUGCCUUCUUGCUAUUGACAUAAUGAUAAUAAACUGUUCGUCUCUAGUAAUAAAUUCACGUACGUGUAGCCAGAUAAUAGCUUUGUGUAUGUCUGUAGUACAAGUAAUGUAUUUUGGUAUCACUUUCUCGAAUACUUUUCAAUCACGUAAACUCACCACAGUACGAUCUACCAUGACUCGUGUUAGUUUCCUGUGACACAAUAUAUCCUAUUUAAAUGUCUAUAAUUAUAUAUUCACCUCUUUUCUUUGACAAUCAUGAAAGUGUGAAUGAUUACUCUUUUCUUAAAGCUUAAUGAAACAUACACAGAUAUGUAUCACAUGAUUUAAAAUAACCAAGUUCCGUGUAAGUGCGCUUGAUGCUACUUUAUGGAAUUCCUUCUUAAUUCCUAUUUAAUAAUCAAAGUUUAAUCAUUUAAGAAAUUAACUCUUUUACCGUAUUUUACAUAAAUGACAUAUUUUUUUUCUAAUUUAUUGAUCAUAAGAACUGCGUAUCAAUACGCAUGCUCAGUCUAGAACGCUAUAUAAGGAGCUGCGUGAGCCUGCUGCUGAGGAAAGAUAGCUGCUGAUCACAUUUUAUUUAUAUUUGUAAAAAUCUCAAAUUAGGGUUUUAAUUUCCCACUCACAACAACCCGUUUUUCUGAUGCGCUUUGUUAUAAAUUUCAGUAGUCAUCAAUCACCCUGCACUUCGUCAUGACUGGGACAAAUGAUAUAUGCUGGGCGACGGAGUACUUAAAUUACAGAAUACACAUUAGUCAAUUCCUUGAUAAUUCCUUGCAACCGUUGUCGGUGCUCUUGCAACACUUUGUUAUGAUCCAAAGGACAUCAAACAAUGUUUGUGUGAAAUAUCUAACGUACAUUACACGUGUUACCGAUGUCGGUGCAUAUUUAUUGUGUUAGUUUGCAAUAUUUCGUAUUUGACUACUCCUCUCAGCUGAAAUUUAACAUAACGUUUUUUUUUAUAUUUACGACCGUUGUCGGGGCAAUUAUGAUGUGUAGUUCUAAAAUUAUUCUUUACCCAGUCAUGAUGGAAAUAUUCGCCACAAGAAAUAAAAUAGUUAUUACAAAAACAUGUUGUGUUAUCUUCUUGUAAAAGACAGAUUUGAGAUGCAUAAUGGCCUCUCGGGUUCGAAACAGCAACUUUCUUCCAGAACUCUCUUAUUAUGCAUUCGUUGAAAAAUUAAGAUAUAAUAUGCUCAUCCUUGAGUAAAAUAUUUUAAUCGUAGUUAUGUGAAAUCUAUAAAAUUCUUACUGAAUAUGUCUUAUUUGAAUAAAAGAAUGAAUAAAUUAUGAAUGGGAAGCUGCGUUCCCUGUUACAGGUUAAGUAAAGAUGGUCCUUUCUUAAAAAACAACAGUUUUUUUUAAUAACUUUAUAUAUUCAUAUUGCGACCACAUAUAGCGUGUAGAGUUUUUAACUACUUUGUGUGAAGUCAAAACAUGUUUAUUUCAUAUUUUCAAAGAGACUGUGUAGCAAUUUUCAAUAUAUUCUUAUAUAAAAAUUAAGCAUAGUAUAUCUUAACUGAAUAAUCUAUAUUAAAUAAGACCCCUAUCAAGUAUGUUCAACCCUAAAAUAAUUUUUUUGCUAGACGAACAUAUCUCAAAUAAUUAAAUCAACUUGGGUUGUAACAUUGAGUGCAAUAAAAAAGACAUAAUGAACGUUUUUUUUAAAACAAAACACGUAUGUUUCAAUAAUGUUGUUUAAGGGUAUUUUUUCAUACAUGUUUAGUUAAUAUAAACUUUAUAUGUAAUUAUCUAUAUUAUUUUAUAAAAGCUU